GUAGUUUUGCAGAGAAGACUUACGAGUGGAGCUCAGAGGAGGAGGAGUCUGUGAGGAAGGCAGGACCAGUGCAAGUCCUCAUUGUCAAAGAUGACCAUUCCUUUGAACUGGAUGAAGCUGCAUUGAACCGCAUCCUCCUCUCGGAGGCUGUCAGAGAUAAAGAGGUCGUGGCUGUGUCUGUUGCUGGAGCUUUUAGAAAAGGAAAAUCAUUCCUGAUGGACUUCAUGCUGCGAUACAUGUACAAUAAGGAAGCAGUAGACUGGGUUGGAGAUUACAACGAGCCUCUGACUGGUUUCUCCUGGAGGGGAGGAUCUGAGCGGGAGACGACUGGCAUUCAGAUAUGGAGUGAGGUAUUCCUUGUGGACAAGCCCGAUGGGAAAAAGGUUGCCGUGUUGCUGAUGGACACACAGGGGACCUUUGACAGCCAGUCCACCCUGCGGGAUUCGGCCACUGUGUUUGCCCUUAGCACAAUGAUCAGCUCAAUACAGGUUUACAACUUGUCCCAGAACGUGCAGGAGGAUGAUCUGCAGCACUUGCAGCUUUUCACCGAGUAUGGCCGGCUGGCCAUGGAGGAGACAUUCCUGAAACCUUUCCAG